AUGGCCAUCAAGAUAUCUCAUGCAAUCUGCCUCCUCGCAGUGUCUGGUGUUGUAUCAGGCCUUACCACAGGAGUGGAAAACGACUCACAGGGAAAAGGAACUAUCUACUAUCAGUUUGGGGCGACAGGCUCCUGCGGCGUGGCGCAUUCAGAUGGCGACUAUAUCGUUGCUCUGGGCAAAUAUCAUAUGAAAGGCGCCGGAAGUCCCAACUGUGGCAGACACAUCACUGCUAAGAACACCAGCAAUGGGAAGACCAUCACCGUCACUGUGGCCGAUACCUGUGAAGGCUGCGGACCUAACGAUGUCGACUUUGCCCUGGGACCCUGGCAGGCGUUGACUAACAACGCGGCCCCCGGAUUUUUUCCUGUGUCCUGGCACUGGUCUUAG